AUGUUGAGUCGUCUCUUUGGUAGAGGGGAUAAGCAGGCGAAGGCCCGCGAGAAGCAGCAGUCGGGAGGGCCCGGCUCCGUCUCGCAAACUCUGGAAAAACUGGAGUCGGCCUACGAGCUCCUCGAGAAGCGAGAGGGGGUGCUCGAAAAGAAGAUGGAGAUGGAGUUGGAGAGGGCAAAGCAGUACCACGCCAAGAAGAACACACAGGCAGCGCUUCAGUGCAUGAAGCGGAAGAAGGCGUUUGAGGAGCAGCUGACGAACAUCAGCGCCCAGAAGCAAAACCUCGAGACACUGAAGUUUACGCUGCAGAAUCAGAAUAUGAAUAACGAACUACUGGAGGUGCAGCAACGCGUCAAGAAUGAGCUGCGGGAACGUAAUAAAAAGAUGGAUGCGGAUCGUGUAGAGGAGAAUAUGGAGGAGUUGCAGGAGGAGAUGGAGAAGGCCAACGCCGUCGCCGAGGCCCUGCGACAGCCGCUCGACAGCCAACUGCUGGACGAGGACGAACUCAUGGGAGAACUCAUGGCGGAACUGCAGACUGCCGAUGUGAAGGUGGCAGAGUCAGCGCCAGCGUUGCCGGCCAUGCCAAGUGUGCCUACCGGAAAGCUGCCGAAGUUGAGUGCCAAAGAAGAAGAGGAUGAGGAUGAAGAGGCGCUGCGAGCCCUUGAGGCAGAACUUCAGUCUUAG